CACAAUUUCUCGACAAACCACAAGCUUGUGCAGUACUUCAGUGUUUUGUAGAUUAAAAUGCAAUAUUCACUAUAAAUAUUCAUAGGGUUUAUUGGUAAAAUAUAAAAGAAAAGGAAGAACGCGGGAAUCGCCUAAAACCAAGAGCAACUAUACUUCUCAGUGAGGGCGGGGAAAUCAGUAACAUUUGAUUGUUAGGUUACAUCCAUGUGCUUUCGCUGGCCAGACGGCCACGGCAUGGGAGAUUGACGUGUUAGGACGAGAAGAUUGGAAGAGAAAGGGGUUUUUCAAUACUAAACAUUUUGGGUUCGCCGCGCUCUGCGGCUUUCCAAAGCGUUCAAAGAUUAUUAUUUUCAUUACCAACAUGAAGUUUAAAAAAGUAUUAUUUUGCCAGUUUAUUGCAUUGUUUUUUCUUCUUCUCCUGAUCGAGUACAGUGAGGCUGCGGCCUGUAAAGGUUGUCAAGUUCAGCCAUGCAUCUGUGUGGGAGAGAAAGGUAUUCCUGGAAUUAUAGGUCUUGCGGGAGUCACAGGUCCACCUGGACCACCAGGUCGCAUGGGUGAUGAAGGACCAUAUGGUCCAUAUGGUGCACGUGGAGAAAGAGGAGAGCCUGGAGCUUUGGGGCCUAAAGGAAUUAGGGGUGAACAGGGUGUUCCAGGAUUCAGUGGAUCAGCUGGUGUUCCGGGUUUACCUGGAGAUGAAGGGAUGCGAGGGAAGCAAGGAUUUCCUGGAUGUAAUGGGACAGAUGGAGCACCAGGUCAACAUGGUAUACCAGGAAUUCCAGGUGUACGGGGUCCACCUGGUCCACUUGGAGAUUAUGGGAUGAGGGGAGAUCCAGGAGAAGGAGGAAUUAAUUCUAUUGGAGUUAAAGGUGAACCUGGGGAAUCUGGUCGACCUGGCCCUGUGGGCCGCAGAGGACUCACAGGCUUAACAGGAGAGAAAGGAGUUCAAGGUCCACUAGGAGUUCCUGGUGUAAAAGGUGAUCAAGGUGAACUAGGGCCUAAGGGACCUACAGGAGAAGGCAGGGAAGGAUCUAAAGGCCCAAAGGGUAACAGGGGUUAUCCAGGAGAUGUAGGACCACAAGGGCCAACAGGGCGAAGAACUCCUGAUCCAAACAUUAAACAUUUUAGGCAAGGAAAGAAAGGUGUAGCAGGUGAAAAGGGAGAGAAAGGUGCUAAAGGAGAACAAGGCUAUGAUGGGAUACCAGGAGAAGUAGUAAGUACAACGUUUGAUAUUGUACUUGAUAUUUUCACUUUUUACUCUUUUAUGAUUCACAGUGCAGGACAACAUCCUAAUUUUAUGAAGUGUUUAAUGAACAUCAAAUCUGUCCACAAUGGUCCACCUGGACCAACUGUAUCUAUUGGUGAACCUAUUCCUGGGUCCCCAGGAUCUCAGGGUCCAGUGGGGGAGAGGGGGGAGCCAGGAGGUCCAGGAAGACCUGGAAAUGUAGGACCUGUAGGAUAUCGUGGUUCUCCUGGAAUACCAGGUCCACAAGGUCCUCCAGGUGAGCCAGGACCACCUGGACUUAGUUUCAAAGGAGAGCCUGGAGAAGAUGGAAUUCCAGGAAAACGAGGUCCCUUUGGAAGACCUGGUGUACCAGGAGUACAGGGUCUAACUGGUGAUAAAGGUCUGCCUGGAUUUACUGUUAUUGGUAACCCAGGAGAAGAUGGACGAUCUGGUCUGCAUGGGGCACGUGGACUUCCAGGUCAACGGGGUGACCCAGGUUUUACAGGGCCAAAGGGUAUACCUGGAAUUGGUGUGUAUAAAACUGGACCACCUGGUGAAUAUGGACUUCAAGGCCUUCCUGGAGAACCAGGUUCUCCAGGGACUCCAGGCAGAGAUGGAGAGCCAGGCUUUCAGGGACCAAGAGGGGAUGAUUGUGGUUACUGUCCACCAGGACGGCAUGGUAUUGCUGGAGAAAGAGGAGAAGAUGGACGCCAAGGACCUCGUGGCCCAAGGGGUUUCCCAGGAUAUCGUGGGCAGCGAGGAAGAAAAGGAGAAUCUGGAAGGCCAGGUUCACCAGGCUUUAAGGGAGUUCCAGGUCGAACAGGAUCUGAUGGUAUGGAAGGACGAAAAGGAAUAAAGGGUGAACAUGGAGAAUUGAUAUAUCCAGGAGCUACCAAAGGAGCAAAAGGAGAAUCUGGAGAGGUUGGUCCACCUGGUCUUGAUGGAAUCCCAGGAAAAGAAGGACCUCCAGGUCCAGAAGGUUUUAGAGGAUUUUCUGGAGCAAAAGGACAACCGGGAAAUUUUGGAGAUGAUGGUUCUCCAGGAUUUGUAGGUCCUCCUGGACCACCUGGUCGUCCUGGACCUAAAGGAAAAGAAGGGGAUGUUUUGUAUGCUAGUAAAGGUUUUAAAGGAGAAAAAGGUGAUCCUGGUUUUGAUGGCUUUGAUGGUCAAGUUGGAGAUAAGGGUGAGAAAGGAGAACCCUUUCCUUUGGAUAGAUUGGAAAAAGAUGAAAGAUAUAUUCGCUUUAGAGGUCCAAAAGGCUACCCUGGUGUACCUGGUUUAAAGGGAAACAGAGGUAUUACUGGUGCGAAAGGCUAUUCUGGUUUAAAGGGUCUUAAUGGUCGUGCUGGACAACCUGGCAGGAAAGGAGCUUCUCCUCGUGGUGAAACAGGGAGAAAAGGGUAUCCUGGUAUAGAUGGUGAUCCUGGACUUCCAGGAAGUCCAGGACUGCCUGGAAUUAGAGGAAAACCAGGUCUAGAUGGACAUCCAGGAACAAAGGGUGCACUUGGUUCACCUGGAGAUGAAGGACAAGAAGGUCCCUAUGGAUUACGGGGGCCUCCUGGUCGACAAGGAGACCAAGGAGAUUAUGGAAUUCCUGGAUUUUAUGGAGAACCUGGGGUACCUGGUCCUAGAGGAGAUCCAGGGCUUAAAGGUUCUGCUGGACAAAGUGGUUUUCCUGGACUGAAGGGGGAGAAAGGAGUUCCAGGUGUUGCUGGAAUAGGCACUAUUGGCCCUCCAGGACAACCUGGAUUCAGGGGAUUUGAUGGCCAAAGAGGACAAAAAGGCAAUGAGGGACCACCUGGGAGAGUUGGAUUUCCCGGAGAAAAAGGAAGAGUUGGUCUGCCAGGCAAUAAAGGAGCAUCAGGAAUUCCAGGCAAGGAGGGAAUACCAGGAACCCCUGGAAUUCCUGGAAAAGAUGGAUUGUCAGGAUUAACAGGCAUGAGAGGUGAACCUGGAGAAGCAGGAGCCCCAGGAAAUGAUGGAUUACCUGGACAACGUGGACUGGAAGGUCUCCCUGGCCUUAAAGGAGAGCAAGGAGAACCAGGGUAUGAAGGAUAUCGCGGACGCCAAGGUCUACCAGGAUUCAGAGGUGAAGCAGGGGAUUCUGGACCUCAAGGGCCUGAGGGUCCACCUGGGGAUCCUUCCCCAGUGGGUCAGAAAGGAGGUAUCGGAGAGCCUGGAUUUUUGGGUCCACCUGGGAGACCAGGACCACCUGGCCUACCAGGAAGAUUGGGACCUAAGGGAGUACAAGGGGUCCCAGGAGAGAGCCUAGGGGCAGAGUUUGGACCAAAAGGAGAAGUAGGUGAUCAGGGUUUUAGAGGACCCCCAGGAACCCCAGGACCGAAAGGAUUCAUGGGAAUCAUGGGAGCUCCAGGAAAUGAGGGAGUGAGGGGAGAUAAAGGAUAUAGUGGUUUCCCAGGCUUUCCAGGAAGGGAUGGCUCUCCAGGACGUCCUGGAGUAAAAGGAAGAAGUGGACUACCAGGCUUUCCUGGUGUUCCAGGAUCAAAGGGAGAAAGAGGUAUAGUGGGCUUACCAGGACAAAAAGGAUCUGUUGGUGAUGAAGGAAUCCCUGGAAGACCUGGACCAGAAGGACAUAAAGGUCAAGUUGGAGACACAGGAGAACAUGGACGACCAGGUCUCCCAUCAACUGAAGUCAGUAGAGGUGAUCGUGGUGAACCUGGAGUGCCAGGACUUCCUGGAUAUCCAGGAGAGAGAGGAGAAUCAGGGCUAUCAGGAUUACCUGGGUUGAAAGGACAACGAGGAGACCCUGGAUUUGAAGGUUCUCCUGGAAUCCCUGGGAGAGAUGGUUCCAAAGGUUAUCCUGGAGAACCUGGUGGGGUUGGUGAAAAAGGGUUACCAGGCUAUCCAGGUCCUAAAGGAGAACCAGGUACCACAGGCAUCUCUGGGUUUCCAGGUCUUCCAGGUACACCAGGUGUAAAAGGAGAACGAGGUGACGUAGGAGAAAUAGGUCUAAUAGGACCAAAAGGAUAUCGAGGAUUUAGUGUAGAUGGCCAGAAAGGUGAACGUGGUGAAGUUGGAUAUGCAGGGGAUCCAGGUCGUUUUGUGAUUGGUCCAAAGGGUGAAUCUGGUAAUCCUGGAGUUCCUGGUUUGAUUGGUCCACCUGGAGAUGAUGGAUUACCAGGUGUUAGUACUCCUGGUCAGCGAGGUAACCCUGGGCCUCCAGGAUUUGAUGGCCUGUUAGGUCAGAAAGGCAGGAGAGGUGAUCGAGGAGUUGAUGGAAUCACAGGUUUUCCUGGACCACGAGGGCUAAGAGGAGAUGAUGGUUUUCCCGGUGAGCCUGGUGUACCAGGAUAUGUUGGACCAGAUGGUGACAAGGGCGAGAGUGGUGACAAUGUUCCACCCCCAUUGAUACAUGAGCGACCCAGAGGAUUCCCAGGAGAUCGAGGUCUUAAAGGGCCAAAAGGAAUUACAGGCUAUCCUGGAAGCAUUGGUCUUCCUGGUCUGGAUGGUGACCGUGGAAUUCCAGGUGAACCUGGACCUCCAGGUCCUACUGGAAGACCUGGUCCUCAAGGCCCAAAAGGGGAAAAUGGACUUCGUGGAAAUAAUGGAGUAGAAGGUUUUCCAGGUUCUCGUGGCCAACCUGGAGAUCCAGGACAGCGUGGACCUCCAGGAUCCCCUGCACCAUCUCGUGGGUACUAUUAUACUCGUCACAGCCAGUCAGUAGAAAUACCUCAAUGUCCAAGAGGUACGACACCAAUGUGGAAUGGUUAUUCCCUCCUCUAUAUUAUGGGAAAUGAAAGAGCUCAUGGACAGGAUUUAGGUGGUCCUGGUAGUUGUUUGAGAAGGUUUUCAACAAUGCCAUUUAUGUUUUGUAACCUUAAUAAUGUUUGUAAUUUGGCAUCUCGUAAUGACUAUAGUUACUGGUUAAGCACACCUGAACCAAUGCCCAUGAUGAUGACUCCUAUUGUUGGAAGAGAUAUUCAGCGAUAUAUCAGUCGAUGUGUUGUUUGUGAAUCUUCAACCCAGGUUAUUGCUGUUCAUAGUCAAACUAUGGAAAUACCUGACUGUCCUACUGGAUGGGAUGGACUCUGGAUUGGUUACAGUUUCUUCAUGAAUACAGAUGCAGGUGCAGAAGGAAGUGGUCAGCCACUGUGGUCCCCCGGUUCUUGUCUGGAAGAUUUUCGACCCAAUCCUUUCAUUGAGUGUCAAGGCCAUGGACGAUGCAAUUACUACACUACAGCCUACAGUUUCUGGCUUGCAACUAUUGAAAGAAAUGCUGACUUCCGAGUUCCAGAUUCCCAAACUCUGAAAGCAGGAGAUCUUCGCUCCAGAAUCUCCAGGUGUAAAGUUUGUAUACGGAGACUGUCAGGAGGAAAUAAUGACAAAGAAAUUUUCCUCCCAAUUUCAUCGUAGUAGUUUUAACAUUCUAUAAUUCCUUGACAGCUUUAUUCCAGCAUGUUCUUUAAGAGCUACUUUAGCAAGGAACACUUAAGAUAUGUUUACUUUCUUUUUCGAAAAUAAUAAAAAAAUAAUUCAAAUAGACAGUAAUAUAAAAUGUUGACUUUGAACCAUACAACCGAAUUUCUAAGUUCACAAGUAUAAAACUCGUUGCUUGUGACAUUCAUUUGAUAUGUUUUAUCGUUUAUAUUGACAUACCUAGAAGGAUCUUAUCUUAUUGUACCUUGCUGUUUUGUUAUUGUGUGUAAUAAAAAUCAUGGUGCUUUAUAACAUUCACUGCCAAGACAAGCAGAUUUACAUACAUAUAAAGUUUUGUGUAUAAUACUAUUGGAUCUGUGUUAUAUUUGUUUCAUCUCGGUGGUUCUUUAGCUUCAUGAAGUAUUUAGUUAGAGGAAAUUGGUUAAUGAAAUGUCAAUAUAUUAGAACUAAAAUAUUAUGUUUUAUGGAAUGUAAUUGCUUUUAAUUUUAAAUGUAAAAAAAUAUGGUUGAAAGCAAGAACACUGCCAGAGUGUCUCAUAAUGGCUUAGACAUCUUGUCUUGUUUACAUAAAAUGCCAGAUUUGAAGUAUUUCUAUUAAUGAUUUUUUUUUAUUCUGAAUUUAUAUUUUCCAUUUAAAAUGGCCACUGUGUGAUGACCAUAAUAGGUUAAAAAAUGAUGUUUUAUAAUAAGUGUUUUGUGACAGAAAUGUGUUUUAUUGCUUUUAUUAUUUAAAGCUUAAAAUCGAUGUAAGUGCUAGCUUGAAUAAAUAUCAAAAUUCAGGAUUUAUAAACUGUU